CUUCUCUUUCUUUCUUUACUACGCAUGACCCAACCAAUGACUCUCAAGGCAACUGCCAAAGAAUUCAUUCCAUCAUUCAUUUCACAGUCUGUUCCUGCCGCUCCCACUGGAGAGGCAACCACUAGCACUAGUAUCCAUAACCAAAGUCAUAGUCAAAGUUAUAGUCAUAAUAAUAGUCAUACUUCUCCAGUAACCUUACGACCGGUUCAGAAACAGCAACAGCAAGCAUCCUCGUCAUCAUCAUCGUCCUUGACAUCUAAGGUUGGUAGCAGUAAUAGAGGCAGCAGUAGCAUUACCCAUCAUAAAGGUCAAAGUCGAUCUCGAUCAGAUAAUACUACUCGCAAUAACGCAGUAACGGCAACUACAACCGAAGCUGGAACUACGAACAAUCCAUCACAACAUAUCCACUCAGGGCGUAAUAAACAGCCGAGAAAGCAACAACAGCAGCAUCAGAACCAUUCCAGCAAUAACCAUGGCAGCAGCAACAACACCAAAGCUAUCAAUCACUCCAAUGGUAGUAGCCGUGCUUUGAAUGAUAGUAACAAAUCUUUACAAUCUCAUCAUCAUGACUCUACAGAAAAACAUCAUCAACAGAGAUCCACGGAUAGUGGAACAAACCCCUCGUCAUCACCAUCAAAAGCUGUGGCGAGUAAGAAAGUCGGUGGUGGUCUCAGUCAUGCUAGCCCUGCCUCUGGUGCUGCGGUUUCCGCUUCCAUCUCAACUUCAACUUCUGCUACAGUCGCAUCAGAGACAACUGCAGGACAAGGAUCGGUGCCGGUAUCGGGAUCGGGAUCGGGACCAGGACCAAAGUCUUCCGGAGGAACUAGUUCUAAAGCAAGUAACAAGCCUCGUGGACCUAGUCGAUCUGAAUCAGGACAUGCACAUGGACAAACUUCUAAAUCAUCAGCAGGCAUGUCUCGUAAAGGAUCUUCCAUAGAUCGUCAUUCAGCAGUGCAGAAUAACUCUAUAACAGGCUCUGCAGUACCGUCUUCUGCAGCGGGAGCGUCUGCAUCAGGAUCUGGGUCUGGAUCAGCAGCAACAGCAACGGCAGCAUCAUCAACAGCUACAUCGUCUUUAUCAGAUAUUAUCCCAGGAAUGGAAGCUACGCCAUUUAUCUGCCUGACAGAUGUCAUUCAUCCUGUACGGCAUGUUAUCCGUGAUGGUGUCUCAACGGUGGAACAAGGAUCCGACGCAUAUUUGGAUUGGAUCAUCAGGUCUCUUAAGGAACAUGAAGAGAUUACGCUGAUUGGGAUGGAUUCAGCCAUCCCAGAUAUCAUUUCACUGGUUCUGCGAGCAGGCAAACAAGGAAUAGGAUAUCAAGAGGUACGGACGUUCACGACACAAGAUGGAUUAGGAGGAAACAAGAGUUGUCUGCAGUUUAGAAUGCUACGCGGCCAAGGGUAUAUCCCUUUAGAUAAACGGCCACCACGUACAUAAAUUAAACACAAUCC